AUGGACCCUAGUUUAACCAUUGUGUUGGAAAACGUGACUAGGGAGCUUAAGGAGAUUAAAGCUAAGGUAGACAAAUGUGAGUUUUGCCAAGGGGGUCACGAUACGAGUGCGUGUCCUUUGUUAGUUGGUGAGGAUCAAGUUGAUUUCGUAGGGGGAGGUCUAGGUAGAGGUCAACCUAGUGGGUUUAAAAAUAAUAAUUUUGGUUCGGGUUGGAGAAAUAAUAAUAACAAUUUUCGCUCAAAUGGACCUCCUGGUUUUCAAAUAGCUCAAAAUCCAAAUAGGGGUCAAGGUUCAUUCUUUGGUGGGGGUUCAAAUGGGCAGUUCAACGAGGGGUUCAAUGGGCAGGUCAAAGAGGGGGGUUCAAAUAAUCAGGUUCAAUCAGGUCAAGGUUCAAGUUAUGAUCUAGGGGACCUUCAAAGGGUCGUAAGAGAUAUAUCUAGGAAACUAGAGGAGAGAUUACCCGGUCAGUUCACGGGUAACACCCAACAGAACCCUAAUGCUCAUGCAAAAGCCAUUACCACCCGUAGUGGCAAAACCAUAGGGAACCCUAGAGUAGAGGAGAGAGUAGUUGAUGAGGAUGAGGAGAUUGUCGAUGAAGAGAUCGAGAUGGAGGCUCCCGGCAAAGUGCAACCGAGGCUAAGCUCAGCAAGUACCGCACAGCCCGGCGAGUCUCAAGUUGAGAAGAAAGUUGAAAAAAUGCCCGGAGACGUUAGACCUUCUCCCCUAGUAGACCAUUCGCGAGUCCCGUUCCCUUCACGUCUUAGGAACCAAAAAUACUCAAGGGAAUACAGGCAAUUCUUAGAUAUCUUCAAGCAAUUGAAGAUUAAUCUUCCUUUUAUCGAGGCACUCCAGUCGAUGCCUAAGUAUGCGAAAUUCUUAAAAGACCUUCUUAGGAACAAAGAGAAGUUAGGGGAAUUGUCUAAUAUCCCGUUGAAUGGAGGGUGUUCCGCCGUUGUUUUAACUAAGCUUCCUGAAAAGCUUACCGAUCCCAGUAUUUUCACUAUUCCUUGUCUAUUCGCUAGUAAUACCAACACUAGAGCUUUAGCCGACUUAGGUGCUUGCAUCAAUUUGAUGCCCUUUUCUCUCUACGAGAAGCUAGACCUAGGAGAGCUUUCACCUACCCGAAUGACAUUAUCGUUAGCUGAUCGAUCCGUUAAAUACCCUAGGGGCAUAGUUGAGAAUUUGUUAGUUAAAGUAGACAAAUUUGUGUUUCCCGCUGAUUUCGUAAUUCUGGAUAUGGAAGCGGAUGAGGGAGUCCCUAUUAUACUUGGUUGCCCUUUCUUACGUACUGCCAAAGCACUCAUAGACGUUCAUGAUGGUAAGAUCACCCUUAGGGUCAGUGAGGAGAGAGUCACCUUUGAGAUAGAGCGUUCCAUGAACCACCCGAGUGGUUCGGAUGACUAUAGUGGUCCUUGUCAUUCCGUCUACUUCUUGAAUUCGUUCAUCUCGUGUGUCAACCAUUGUUUCGAGUAUAUUAGUGGAGCAGACUUAGUUGUAGGAGAGAAGGUAGAAGAGGAGUUGAAGAGGGUAGAUGAAGUAGAAGUUGAGGGGAGUCCUUUGAUCCCCGAAGUCUUAGCCGUUAGUGAUGACACCGCCCAACCCCCACCCUUAGAGCUUAAGUACUUCCAUCGCAUUUAG